AUGGAUUCAGGAACAUGGACUCAGAAACAUGGAUUCAGGAACAUGGAUUCAGGAACAUGGAUUAAGGAACAUGGACUCAGGAACGAACAUGGACUCAGGAACGUGAUUCAGGAACAUGGAUUCAGGACCUUGGAUUCAGGAAAAUGGAUUCAGGAAUAUGGAUUCAGUAACAUGGAUUCAGGAACAUGGAUUCAGGAACAUGGAUUCAGGAACAGGGAUUCAGGAACAUGGAUUCAGGAACUUAGAUUCAGGAACAUGGAUUCAGGAACAUGGAUUCAGGAGCAGGGAUUCAGGAAAAUGGAUUCAGGAAAAUGGAUUCAGGAAUAUGGAUUCAGGAACAUGGAUUUAGGGACAAGGAUAAGGAACAUGGAUUCAGGAACAUGGAUUCAGGAACAUGGAUUCAGGAGCAUGGAUUCAGCAAAAUUAGUGAAGCGAACAGAAAGUAUAAAGGAACAAAGAUGCGAAGAGGAACAAAUAGAACGGAUAAAAAAACCUUCUCCAUCUCCUGCACCUUCCCCUUCUCCUGGGACACCUCCAGCACCUGAGAGAAGAACUCCUGUCCCCCCAGAUUCUCCAUUAUUAACGAAGGUAUCACAGGACCCGAUCAGAAAACGGCUUCGUAGCUUUAACAAAUCCUUGCGACGCGCUCGCAGCUUCAGAUCCAACAGGGAGAAAGAAGUCUCAAGAGAACCCUUAGACCCACCUCCGGACUCUAAAAAUGAUCAUGUAAUCGGAAGAGAGGUGAGUUUUCUGAUCCGAAAGAGUCUGUUGGGCCGGUCAGGAUGGAAGGUCAUGCCCGAGGAUGAUUCUCUCAAUCUUAAAAUGAACAAGGAUAUUUUGAACCAAGUGUUAGAGAGAAUAAGAGAUAUGCAGUUCUGUGGUGAAGCGAUCCCUGAGAAAAUUUCAAUAAGAAUACAAUGAAGAUCUAUGCUUGGUGAUUGUAAAAAUCUGAAUAACAAAUAAGGGGAAAAAAGAAUUAUCGUAAUUUGUAAAUUAUGAUUUUUAAACAUGAUAAAAAUAAAACUUUUCAAAAAAAAACAUGUGAUUUAAAAAAAUGAAGAUAACCUUAUAACCUUGUAUGUGCCUAAAAGGAAAGAAAUAAAAUUUUCAAAAAUA